UUCCACUUCUUUGGCUGCCUGGAGAUCUUCGUCCUGAUCCUAAUGGCCCUUGAUCGCUACGUAGCCAUCUGUAAGCCUCUGCAUUACAUGACCAUCAUGAACCGAAGAGUCUGUGGUAUGUUGGUGAUUGUGGCUUGGGUAGGGGCCUGCGUGCAUUCUUUAGCUCAGAUUUUUCUGGCCUUGAGUUUACCCUUCUGUGGUCCCAAUGUAAUUGAUCACUAUUUUUGUGACUUGCAGCCUUUGUUGCAACUUGCUUGUGCAAACACCUACAUAAUCAAUCUACUCUUGGCGUCCAACAGUGGGGCCAUCUGUACAGUGAGUUUUGUUAUCCUGAUGUUCUCCUAUGUUGUCAUUUUGCAUUCUCUGAGAAACCACAGUGCUGAAGGGAGGAGAAAAGCCCUCUCCACCUGUAUCUCCCACAUCAUCGUGGUCAUUUUGUUCUUUGGUCCUUGCAUAUUUAUAUACACACGUCCUGCAACCACUUUCUCCAUGGAUAAGAUGAUAGCUGUGUUUUAUACCCUUGGAACACCUUUGCUCAACCCUCUGAUUUAUACGCUGAGGAACGCAGAAGUGAAAAGUGCCAUGAAGAAGUUAUGGAGCAAGAAUUUGAUCAUAGAUGACAGCAAAUAA